AUUGACAACCUCCCAUCACCAGCAAUGGCGUCAGUAACGCGGCGGCUGGUGUUCAGCUCAGCGCGUUGCUCGCGCCGGAUAACGCAGCAGCAAUGGCAACGGUCAUUGUCCUCGACGGCGCCCCUGGCGGACGACAAACCCAAACCGCGUUUCGAUAAGAAUGCCAACCCUCCAAAGCCGGAGCUUGUGUCCAAGGAUCCUGUGUUGACAACGGCGGAACCUGUACCUCAUAAUAAGGGUGUAUCGAUGUCAAUGGCACGAGAAGAGGAGGCAAAGAAGCAGAAAGCGAGGAAAGAGAAGCCGCCGAAGCCCUCUCCCGAGGAGACCGAGGCCGCACAAGUCAAGAGCCUUAUGGCGAACAUUGAAGCUCUCGAUCCUGCCAAUAUCCUCGAAGCUCAGAGGAAAGGCCAGCGUGGCCAACCCUGGAAGAAUCAUUACAGACUGGAGAGGGACGAGGACUUCGUCAUUGAGCCCACGACGGGAAAGCCCGGUUUCUGGGCUGAAGGACAGGAAGAACUGGGCCCGGAUGAGGAUUACUAUGGAGACGACAUUACCAGUCAUGGUCACGGACAACUGGAAGAGCGGCGAGACAUGAGGCAUUACGCACGAAUGAUUGCAUGGGAGCUCCCUCUGCUGGGACAACUUGCCAAACCCUUCGAACUCCCCACCGCAGCCACCCCGUUCCGCUUCCGCUAUACCUCCUACCUGGGCGAAUCCCACCCAGCCGCCAACAAAGUCGUCGUCGAAUUCUCCCCCUCCGACCUCAAAAACCUAACAUCCCAACAAAAAGACAAACUCAUCAAGCUCUGCGGACCCCGCUAUAACCCCUCCACCGACCUCGUAAAAAUGUCCUGCGAACUCUUCGACACGCUACCGCAGAACAAGCGCUUCCUAGGCGACACCAUUUCCAAGCUCCUGGCCGAGGCGAGAGAUCCCAAGGACACGUUUGCGGAUGUGCCGUUCGAUUUCAGACACCAUAAGCCGAAGGUGCGACAUGUGUUCCCGAAAGAAUGGGAGUUGACCGAGGAGCGCAAGAAAUAUCUCGAAGAGAAGAGGGCGCAGCAGCUGAAAUUGGAUGAUGAGAGGACGCAGAACGGAACGCUGGUGGAUGGGAUCAAGGUCAUUGAGAAUGCGCUGCCCUUUAUGACACCUGAGCCGGAGCCGGUUAUGGUGGGGACGAGGGGACGGAAGAUGCCGCAGUUGCGGUAGUAGGGGGUUGUUGUAUGAGCGUGAUCAUGUACGAUUUGAGGUCGUUAUAGAUUAUCACAAAUUCCUUAGGGAGGGAUGGCCACUUGUAUAUCUUGGAUUCGCAGUAUGGAAUGUUCAAAAUCACAUUCGCAUUGAGUGGUACUAG